GUUCACUGAAAAUAUUAAGAGCAUUUUUCCAGGCAAAUUGUCAUGCAUACAGAAGACGGUAUUAGGGACAUCAUUUAGCAUUUUCGUGCACUCUGGAAAAUUCCUUAACUCACAUUCCCCAAUUCAAAGUCCAACAGCUUUCGCUCAGCGGCUAAUUAUGGUCAUUGAAAUGUUUUAUUAACAUUUUUGGGAACUCUGCGGGUCAAAUGAGAGCUAUAUUUUCAAUUAACUAUGCUUAACUUGAAACACAAGUCCAUAAAUAUGCAUAACGCGUUCAUAUGCGAUGGUGAAGAUUCAAAUAUCCGGCAGAAAAAACAAGUCCUUGAGAGUGUUAAUGGUUUAGAUGAGAAAAGUGUGAUUUAAUUUUAUUUUAAAGACGUUUCAAUCCCAAUUCUUAGGCAUUCAUUUUCUUACACGCGCACAGAAGAGAACAUUGCUUUGGCCCAACUGUAAUUUAUAAUAGUUUCCCAUGAUUUUCUCAAGCAUGCGCGCAUGGAAAGUAUUUACUUAUUCUGGCAACUGCUUUUGUGUCUCUCCCACAGAUAUUCUCUAUAGGUCUCUAAGCGCGCUGAUAACAUUUUUGAGUGUAGAAAGUAAAAUAUAAGUCGAGUCUUCGCGAUAAAGUGACUUAUCGUGUGAAUUUACAGUCAGUUAUCUUUCGUCUCUGGUCAGAAGAAGUCCACAAUGUCGAUUCCACGCAUUAUUCUGGACACUGACGGUGGUUAUGACGACGCUUGGGCGCUCCUGAUGCUCCUUAAGGCGCACUCUCAGCGUCGGAUUCAGCUGGAGGCGAUUGUGUGUGGCUCCGGGAAUGCGCACGUGGACCACGUCCUCAUCAACAUGUGCAGAGUGCUCCAGGUGGCUGAUAAGAAGGACAUUCCAGUGUUCCGCGGCGCUCCGGAUCCCAUUCUGCCGUUUGAGCAUCGUUCGCACGACAAUUUCAACGGUAAGGACGGCUUUGGGGACAUCUAUCCUGUCACCGAUCUGCCGGACAUGAGUCCAGUCAACGUCACCGAACACGGAGUUAACGCAAUGGCCAGAAUUGUCAAGGAGAAUCCCGGAAAAGUUAUUGUAUUUGCAAUUGGAGCACUCACAAAUCUCGCUCUCGCUAUUCGGAUGUAUCCAGAGAUUGUACAGCAACUCCAAAGCGUCACUAUAAUGGGUGGAAAUUUUGUGGGAAUCGGCAAUGUGACUCCCAGUGCUGAAUUCAACAUUUUCUUCGAUCCCGAAGCGGCUGAUAUUGUGCUCAAGACACUCAAAUGCCCAAUGACAUUCAUUCCCUGGGAGACUUGUAUUCCGCCAAGGAACCCUGUCAAUUGGAAUUGGAGGAAAAGUGUGCUGGGUGUGAAGAAACACCCAAUUCUGGACCUCUUGAAUCCUGUGGAGGAGUCAAACUACAAAGAACUUCCUCCCACACAUCAAUGGGCGUGUGCAGAUUGUGUCGCCGCUGCUGUACUCUUGGCACCUGAUCAGAUUGUCAAGACAUUUCAGGAAGUUUACACAGCCGUGGAAUUGACUGGAUCCCUGACAAGAGGACAAUUUGUGUUGGAUCCGCGCAGUCAGAAGCCACCGAAUGCAAAGAUAAUCACGGAAAUUCACCCAGAAGUGUACAAGAAGGCGAUCUUUUGGAUCCUGGACAGUCAGGAAAUCUCACUGAUAGACUAUCUAAAGGCCUAGUGAGCAAUUAUGAGUGUCUCUUGAGCAAUAAAUGGGACUUUCGGCAUAUCUUUUGUGG